AUGAAAGUUCUGCAUUUUGUCAUUGUUAUUCUUGCCUUCUUCACAAGGAUUUUAUUUAUCAGUGCUCACAAAUCCAGAGAUUUGACAGUGAAAUUUGGCAAUCCACUUUCAAGAUUAGUGGCUUUCGUGAUUGAAGAGUUUUACAGGCAAAAAACAACGGAAAUCUCAAUCCUUCGAGUGGACAAAGAUGCUCAAAGUUACAUAAUUCAAUCAGGAAUCAUCAACGAAAUCAUUUAUGAUGUUCAAGAACCGAUUCUCAUUCGCCUCGAGGCUUUUGAUCGACUGUCAACGAAGGAAAUCGACGUCGGAAGAUUCUUCAACGUUUUCGUCCUGGAUUCUUACGAAUCCUUCAGGAAAAUCAUGGACAACGUCACUCUGGAAGCCUUUGAUUUCCGCGGCUUCUUCACAAUCGUCCUGACGAGUGUUGAGCGGAAUUACAUUCAUUUGGUCACAAGGAUCCUCAAGGAUUGCUGGGAUUUGCAUGUCGUGAAUGUCAACGUCGUGACUUACGAUCCUUACAAAACGGACAGAGCUUUCCUGCACACUUAUUUUCCGUAUAAACCAGAAAAAUGCGGACAAGUGAAAUCCGUCAUUUCGGGAGUUUUUCACGAAGAUCACUUCAUUAACAAAAUAACAAUUUUCCCUGACAAAUUCAGUGACUUUUAUGGAUGCAAAUUGACAAUUGGAACUUUAAAUUUGUCUCCGUAUUUGAUAAUUAAAUCGUACGAGAAUGGAAGCUUCGAUUUCAGUGGUGUUGAAGGUCUUGUUGCAAAUAACUUAGCUGACCGUCUUAAUUUCACACUUCAGUUAAAAUUAUCCAACGUUCCUGAACUUCACGAUAUGCUUUUUAGGGGAGAAGUGGACGUUAUUGCUGCUGCAUAUCCAUCGAGGAUUCCAGCUCGAGGAUCACUAUUGUCCAGUACGAUUCCUUACUUCUUCUCAAACCUAAUCCUAUUCGUUCCGCCUGGACGAAAUCUUACGGCCAUGGAGAAGAUUCUGUAUCCUUUCAACAUAACAGUUUGGACGAGUAUUUUGGCAGUUUUUAUCAUCUGGACUGUCGUUGUGAUUGUCGGCAAGUUUCUGCCUGUCCGAAAAAGAAUCUUCAUCUUCGGGUUUAACAACCAUUUUCCGUUCGUGAAUGUUAUCAACGUUUUCUUGGGCGGAAGCAUGCCUUCGAGUCCGAGACGGAACUUUGCCAGAUUUCUUCUGAUUUCCUGGAUUAUUCUGAGUUUAGUGGUCCGGACAAGCUAUCAAGGAGCUCUCUUUGGGUUCCUUAAAGAGAGCAAAGGUCCCGUUCUCGUCGAUUCGAUUGAAGAAAUGCAGGAAGAAGGUUACAAGAUUUACGGCUCUCAUGAGAUCUUACGCCAAUUUCCAUUUCGCACAAUAUACGGAUCUAUGUUAGAACCGACCGAAAGCAGAGACAUUGAGCGCCUCCGGAUUAAGACGCUGGACAGAAGCUUCAAAGGAGCUAUGAUCGGAACGGAAUUUGCUCUGUCUUAUCUGAACCAGAAGUUUUUCCUAAAGGGCAUCAAAUAUCACAGCGUUCGCCACGAAACAAUUCUCUAUCCAGUUUCAAUGGUUAUGCAGAAGUAUUCACAUCUCGUCCAGGCUUUCGACACUGAGCUGUGGAAAUUCAAAGAAAAUGGCCUGGUUUCGAAAUGGACUUCGGAAUUUUACGAUAGUAAAUUCGUAAAGCCUCAACCUGAUCAGGGACUUCAGAAACCUCUGAUCUUUCGUCAAUUGCAUGGAAUCUUCUUGAUUUACAUCGUUAUGAUCGGUUUUAGCUUUCUGGUUUUCUUGCUGGAACUCUUUUCUGGAAGAUUUACGCUGUUGCGGAGAUUUUUCAAUUUUCUCAAUUGA